GGCGGGGCUAUUAGUUAUUAAAUGUUUAUUACAAGUGAUCAUUAUACACUCGACAGUUUUCCGAGUUUUGCGAAAUGACUGCAAGGCAGAUUGUCAAGAAAUUCCUUUCUGUUGAACAAGCAGAAGGUGUAGGAGCUCGGGUCAGGAGGAGUGUGGGACGCCCCGAGUUACGAUCACUGGAUCCUUUUCUUUUAUUGGAUGAAUUCAAAGUAUGCAAACCAGCUGGUUUUCCCGAUCACCCUCACCGUGGCUUUGAAACGGUCACAUACAUGCUGCAAGGAUCAUUCAUGCAUGAAGACUUUUGUGGACACAAAGGAACCAUAAAUCCAGGAGAUCUACAGUGGAUGACUGCUGGUCGGGGUAUAGUGCAUUCUGAAAUGCCAGCUGGUGAUGGAGAUAAUGUGGGACUACAACUAUGGAUUAAUUUAAAGAAGAAAGAUAAAAUGGUUGAGCCACGCUAUCAAGAAUUAUUAAAUAAAGACAUACCAUCUGUCAGUAAAGAUGGAGUUCAUGUAACAGUAAUUGCUGGAGAUUCACUCGGAGCUAGUUCUCCUGUCCGUACAUUAACUCCAACUGUUUAUCUUGAUUUUAAGAUUGACAAGGGAAGUCAUCUUUCACAGCCUGUUACUGAAGGUUGGAAUGGUUUCAUAUAUGUAUUGAAAGGUCGAGGAUAUUUUGGCGGGAAGACAGCAACCGGAUCUGAUGACUGGAUGGAGAGUACACCCCACCACACACUAGUAUUGGGCCCUGGGGAUCACAUUAAUGUGAAAAAUGAAGAUGAUGAACAGCUUCAUUUUGUUCUGAUAGCGGGAGAGCCUGUCAAAGAGAAAGUUGUACAGCAUGGUCCAUUUGUGAUGAACAGUGAAGCCGAGAUAUAUCAAACAUUCGAAGACUUUUCUCAAGGAAAGAAUGGAUUUGAGAGAGCGCCUGGUUGGAAAUCAGAGAUCGGUAUCAGAUCAUAAUCAUUGCCUCAACUUUAUCAUAAUAGUUAUAACACUCAUACAUGUUUAAUGCUGUAGCCACUGGAUCAUUCAUUGUUCUACUAGUAGAUAUGAUGUCUUGUGUUUUAUCAUUUCUUUUAACGCACUUUUAGCAUAAAUUGUUAAUAAACAGUUAAAUGUCA